CUGGUACCGACUGUCUUGGUAUAGGACAGAUUGGCUUAUGUGUGUGUCAUCGGAGAUGGUCUUCGGGUGGCCAUCGUCCCGAUAGCUCCGAUACUGAGUCAGUUACUCUUGGUAGGUCGAACCGUUCACACGGUCAGGAGAGGCACCACAUAAGUCCAUCGUGCCUAUCCUACCUUAUACCAAGAGUCUUUCAAUUCAGAAGUGGGAUUACGAAUCCCUCAAAAUGAGAAGUGGAGGGAGAUAUAAAGUGUUUGUGAAAAAAGAGUGCUGUAGGCGGAAAAUCGGACACCGCAUUUUUGGAAGCCAUCUUUAAAGCGACAGGAAAAGGGUGAGUGACGUAAGAGUCAGCUCGAGCUGGAAGCAAUUGCGUCGCAAAAUUUCAGUAAGAUGGAGGUGACAAUGGAAAAUUGUAUGUAUAUGACAUUGGAAAUCAUGUAUUUAUUUAUGAUAAUGUGCACAUUAUGUCAAGAAAAGCGCUUUUCAAUACAUUUAAUUGUUGGGUAUUAUUGAAAUGUUUCUAUUAUGUAUCUUGGUUGCAGGAAAUAUUUCAGGUAACAAUGUUUUGUGUGCCAAUGUUUCAAGGGCGUAUUUCGAAGUUGAAACAUUUCAUGUGUCAAGAAACAAAUGUUUCUAAAACGUUUCUCAGAUUUGACGUGUCUUGUCAUAUUUGUGGUUGAGAAAAAAAAAAUACGCGUGACUUUUGCAAGAAAUUUACAUUUUCCCGUGUGAUUUCAUAAAAAAUUGAGUUUUCAGCUAUUCUUAGUGGAAGAAUACAGUUGUGUGCGAAGAAAUCGUAAGGGAAUCAAAGCAAUUGAAAAACAAGGUGAAAUUCCAAUGCCUUGGAUGGAAAAAGAGGCAUAGGAAGUAACCCGAAUUGUGAGUAUGUUGAAAAAAAAAAUUAAAAUAAAGCAAUCGAUGGCAUCUAUUGCAGAACAUUGGAAUUGUGAGAAAGGCAUUUCUCAUGGGAAUCUGUAUUUAAUUUCAGGAAGUAGCGCAAUCAAAAAUCUCAGUAAAAGUAAACAAAUAAAGGAGAUUAUACUGACUCGUAAGUACAAUCAGACAAGUAAUGAUUUUGAUGAUUUCUGAGAAUUUUCCUUUAGCAUACUUGCAAUUUGUCUGUAAGAGCCCUAAAUUCAGUUACAAAUAAAGUAGAGACGGAAUAUUGCUUUUAUAAUAAAGAAGGAUAGCUCACUAAAGCAUUAGUGAUAAGAAUUUUUAUUUUUACCUUGUUUUGGGCUACAGUCAAUGGAUAGGAGACAGACAAGAAGCAUGGCACCUGCAAUGGUGUCAUCAAGUGAACAGUCAAGUAUGAAUACGGCUGUGGUGAAGCUCACAGGUGAAGAAAUAAAAGCUCUCAUUCCGGCUUUCAACCCGGAAGGGAAAAACAACGUAACAGCCUCCGAAUGGAUACGUAAAAUGGACAAUUUGGUGGAACUCUAUCACUUUGAUGGGAGAAGAGCAGUCUUAGCAGCGGCCAUUCGCUUGGAGGGAUCAGCAAAAAUCUGGUUUGAGGCUUCGCAAAAUGAGACCAUAUCGUGGGAGGAGUUUAAGGCAGAGCUCCUUAAGAAUUUUCCAACAGAGAUAGAUGUGGGAGAGAUUCACAGGAUGUUGUCCAACAGGAAAUGGAAAAAGGACGAAAGCAUGGAAGCCUAUUUUCAUAAUGUUGUUAAGCAGGCGAAGAGGAUUGGUCUUGGAUUUGAUGUUACGAAGAAUUAUCUAAUCGAAGGAAUUCAAGAUAAAACUCUUCGAGGGGCGCUAAUCAAUUUCCAAGGAUCAUCGCUCACCGAGUUCCUUGCACACAUGAAGCGAGCACAUAAGGCUCUAGUCGGGAAUGAGCAGUCUACUCAGAAGGAAGAAUGUGACUCGAAGAGAAGGUCGAUGGAAUAUCCUCAGGGGAAGGGGAAGAAAUACAAAUUCGACGAAAGCGCUAAAAUGAAGAAGAGAUGUUAUGAAUGUGGGUCAGAUCAGCACCUCAUCAAAGAUUGUCCAAAGAAGAAGAGGACAUGAUGGAGACUUGCGGGACUGAUGAAUUAGAAGGCGAUGUUAUAUAAAAAUAAGUGCCAAUGGUUGAAUUAAUAAAUGAAUUGGAAUGGAAGUUUUUCAGUGUUUAACUUGUGCAAGGUUAUUAUGGUUUGCGCAAGGAGUUCUUAGCAUUGAAAAUAAAAUUCUGAAGAAAUGCAUAAUUCAUUAGGAAGGUUUAGGGAUAGUUGCAUAAGUCAACAAGAAGGUUGUGUAAAUGCAAGGUAUUUCGGUCAUGCAUCUAGGAAAGGAUAUUAAUAUAGAUAAGGCAUGACGAGUAGGUUUUCGCGGAGAGGCAUCAUGCUUGCAUGGUGGGCCUGUUACGUUGAAAACCGGAGUUGUUCGUAUUGAUUAACAUCAAUCCAAGGUUAAGGUCCAAGGUUCUUGAUAGUUAGUCAUACGGCGAAUGGUUUCUCGGAGACACUAGUCUCAAUGGAACGAGCUUACGGUUCCUGGAACUGGGUAAGCUAAGUCUAGACAUAUAUUCCAUGAGAAACAAAAGACAUAGCGAAGGCUGUGUUGAUAGAACCCUCUGGAGGUUCAUGGGUGUGAUGAUUUUGUGUCAUGUGCACUGGCGUACUAAAUCAAACAGAACCCUUGUGUACUUGGACUAUCAGGUACGGUUCCAUUAGGAACAAUUUGAUAUAAUCUUCCAGUUGUCUAUGGAGUUGUUGUCCACUGCCGGGCUUGCACUCUAGAACACAUGAUUCCAGUUGUUAUCGCAUUCAUUGCGAAGUAUACUGGUUGGAAGAUGGUUCCAUUAGGAACAUGUUGAUAUGAUCCUCUGUUUGUAAUUAGAGUGUCGUCUAAUGCCGACUUAUACUCUAAAUACAGAACCUCAGUUGUUAUCGCAUUUAUUGCGAAGUAUACCGGUCUGAGGAUCAAGGGAAAACUUCGGUCAAUCUGUCUUGCUUUUCCUAGCUUGUGCCGAGGACGUCACAAAAGUCAGGAAUGGCCGAAUGUAGUACCUCUGGUACCGACUGUCUUGGUAUAGGACAGAUUGGCUUAUGUGUGUGUCAUCGGAGAUGGUCUUCGGGUGGCCAUCGUCCCGAUAGCUCCGAUACUGAGUCAGUUACUCUUGGUAGGUCGAACCGUUCACACGGUCAGGAGAGGCACCACAUAAGUCCAUCGUGCCUAUCCUACCUUAU